AUGCUCGCUACCACCGCUCCCUCGCCUCUGGCGCGUUCUUCGGCCGACGGCGAGCCUUCUCACCUCCUCGAUCCUUCGCAGCCCGGCACGGCGACGUUCAAGGGCUCGCUCAAGCCUGCUUCCCUCGGCGCCCCCCUCCAGCUGCAUCGACCAGCGAUCAACAAGGACGAGUCCUCGGAGGCCUCCGAAGGGCCAGAUUCAAGCGAUUCGCCUGCGGGACUGGUGCUCGCCAAAAGCUCUCCACUCGUCUCACAACUCUCAAACGGCCAGGCCCUCGAGGACGAUCGCUCCGAUCAGCUCGCUCUGCCGGUUCUUGCCUCGGCCCAACCCCAUCACAUCUCUCCACCCGUAGCAGAGUCUGAGGACCAUCUCUCGGCCGAGCUCUACCAUGGCCAUCCCUUCCAGAGCCACAACUACCUCGGAGUGCACUCUGCUGGAGCCUGGGACCACUCUUGUCACAGCCAGAACCACAACCUGGACUUUUCCGCAAUGGACUAUGGACCCAACGGGAUCUAUCCCACCCUCGACUUUACCGAGCCCUCUGAGCUCGCAUACGACCCCAGCACCAUGGCCCUCUACCACACCAACGCCGACCAUGCCGACCACCUCAUUGACUACCCCGAGGCUUACAACACGUCGCUCUCUCACAUCUGCAGCACUCCCUCUGCCGUGUCAGGUCUCUAUCCGCACUCGUACCGCACCGCUGCCUCUUCUCUGCCGAGCCAGGUCCACUACGGCGACUUCAAAUCGUCCUUUCUGAUCACAGGCCACAAAGCCGGCUAUGGUGCUUCGGCUCUGGCCGUGACGACGCCGUUAGCCAAGCGGUCCCGCGGACGGCCCUGCAGGAUCCAGGUCACCAAGACCUCCCAGACUGCCUCGGCCCCCCAGAGCCUUCCGGACACACCGCUCCUGGGCUCGCCCACGGACUCGAUCUUGGCGACGCCCGACUCCACUCCGGCUUUCCAGUGGGGCUCGUCCUCCGGCCUCCCCCUCACCCAGAAGCUGCAGCCGUUCUCCACUCCCAUGCGCGAGCCCUACCAGCCCUUCGGCAGCCACUUCCCGCCGUCGCUCCGAACCACUCCGGCCAAGAGGGCCGCUGCCCACGAGCCCGGUCUGAAAUCCCGGCUGGCUCCUGUCAGCGGAAGCCAGGCCGUCACCCGGCAUGGCGCCAACAAGAAGCUCAAAGUCGUCCCGCUCUACACCGAGGCUAACUCGCAGAACCCAAUCGCCCUUGCGGCCGAAGCCACGUCCCCGCCCGACUCGUUCCAGUCGCCUUAUGAGAUGGCCGGUCACGACUACGGAUCAUCGCCCGUGGAGCAUUCGUCCCGAUCGGCAAGCGGCCUGGCCAAGGGCCUGCGACACUUUAGCCGUCUGGUUGCAGAGAAGGUGCAAAGCAAAGGCAUCACGACGUACAACGAGGUCGCCGAGGAGCUCGUCGAUGACUUUGAGCGUCAGAACGGGCACAACUGCGACCAAAAGAAUAUCCGGCGGCGAGUCUACGAUGCACUGAACGUGCUGAUGGCGCUCGACAUCAUCUCGAAAGAGCAUCGGGAAAUCAAGUGGGUGGGGCUGCCCGGCGGACCCAGAACCAACGUGCCGAGGGAUAUCGGUGCAAUCAAGAAACGAAUCCAAGACUUGAGGGACAAGAUCGUUGCCGAAGAGGUGCAAAUUACCAAAAACAUGAAGAAUAAAAUGCGACUCGAGGCGCUGAUCCAGCAAAAUGCUGCCCGCCAGUCGCAGCUCAAGGAGCCGCGCCAGCCGAUCCAUUUGCCGUUCGUGAUGGUCCAAUGCCCACGCACCACCGAUGUCCUCGUAGAGGUCUCGGACCAGAAGGACGAGUACUGCCUGACCUUCUCAGAGUCCUUCAUUAUCCGCGAAGACUGCGAGAUUGUCGGCUCGCUGGUCGAUGCCCAUCUGGGACAGGGUAGUGGCGGUCUUAUCGGCGAGUCCCUCAUCAGCGAUCCGACCUACUCGCUCACGCCAGUGCUGGAGCAGCCCUUCCACCAGGAAAGCGUGGCGCUCAACCUGCUCGAUCUCAACAACUACACAACCACGCCCUGCGCUGUCGUCGGCUCCAACGCUGCCGAGCUGUGGGGAUUUGGCGUUGGCUCCUCCGACCAACUCCCUGCGACAUCGGUCUGGUCCGGCUCAUGUCCGGCACCAGCCGAUGCCUUGGCCUUUAACUCGGUGGGGAUGAUCUCCUCCCCCCUUGGCGACAGCAUCCAGGCGGCAUCGACGCUCCACUCCAUGCUGAGCAACAUCAAAGCCGACCCAGACGAUGCGGCCACCCAGGCGCAGACGUACCCGACCGAAGCAACCGAGCUGAUCGCCGCAGCCGAGCACGACGCUGCCACUGCGAACCUUCCGCCGGCACCAACACCGGCGCCCGUCGCCAAGGCGAACCAGCCCUCACCGACCUCCGAGACCGGCCUCUUCACCCAGCACUGUAGCCGCCGCGUCGACACCGAUCCAAACCUGACACUGGCUCCGGCAUGGUCGCGCUCCCGCCAUUCGUCGCUGACGUUGACGCGCGAGGUCGGCGACGGCCUCUCCGCAGAUCCCAAUAUGAUGUUUUGCGAGGUCGGUCCUCCAUCGUCGUCACGAGAUCCCAUGGCAGCCUUCCAGAACCCGGAAAUCAAGGCCCACGGCUCAAUCUCGAGCUCCGAAGCAUCUUCAUCUGCCGCCGUCGAAGCCGCCUGUGACGAAUCCCUAUUUAUGGCCUACAUGGCGCCGGUUGAGCUCCUGGGCGCCGACAUGGUCUCGGAGAGCAUCGAGUGA